CUUUCAGCACACACUCUGGCUCCCUAAGGCUUCAAACAGCAAAGUCAGAUGAUGCUGGCUUGGUAGAAGAUAAAUUUUCAGGAGAGGACAUUUUUAAAGAGGCUGCAGGAAAAUGGCUGGCACCCAAGUAAUACUGGUUCUCUUCUGUGGAGAAAUCUGGAAAUCACUUUCUACAGCAAUACCUCAAAACAUUUCCACCAGUAAAAGAAAUGCACACGCCAGCAGCAGGAGCCCAACAGAAGACAAAGCUCCUCUGUACCAGUUGCAAGCAACUGGACUUAGUUUACACAGAUCUGGAAGAGCCCUGAAUGUUCCACCACCAGCUCCAUCCCCCAAAGUCUAUGUGGAACCUAGUGAUGGAGGCUGGAUAGCAGCACUGAUCAUUGGCAUCAUUUUGAUUAGCAUGAUAUUGGCUAUUAUUAUAAUUCUUGUGUGGAAAUGCUGCAAGAAGCCAGUUCUGGUUGACUCAACCUGGGCAGGUCGUUCUCCAUUUGCAGAUGGAGACAUGCCAGAUGUCCUUGUGGACUCUGACCAGGCUACCAAACGUUCAUCAGUGUUAUUCAUGUUGCCUUGGAAAUCAAAACAAGACACACACUUACAACACAACCCCAUUUCAUCAGAUAAACCACCCACCAGCACUACCAGUAAUGAAACCAGCCAACUGCCUCCAUCAGCUGAAGAUUGCUCUGUAGCCAGGACUUCAGGUUCUCACAUGGAUCCAGCUCCAGCUCCUAACUCAGAAGCAGACAACUGUGCACCUGUCUCCUGUCCUCCCACAGCACCUUCACCUGGAUCCUCAGACCUGCCACCUCCACCCGACUGGCUCAGGCAACCAGCUGAGGAUCUCAGUGCUAAUCUCAGCAAGAACCAGGAAUUCCACUCAGAAACCGAAGAACAAUUGCCCCCACCACCAGAGUCAUUUAUUCAAGAGAUCCAUGAACUACUGCCCCAGCCACAACACCCUUUGUAGAGUGCCAAAACUGCUUUCCAGCAUACUUCACCUUUUUUUUAAUGAAGUAUGUUCAAAUAACUAAAAAAAGGAGAAGUGGACUGAGGCAAGAACAGUGAGACCACAGCACGGGCAUUUCCCCAGUGUUUCUCAAUUUCAGCGUUUGCAAAAGGGAACAACCUG